UUCGACACCACUCAGGGCUCGCCCGUGGUUGACAGCGCGUAGUUCGCGCUGGACCCUCCUUCUCGUCUCCUCCUCUUUCCCUUCUCUCUCUCUCUCUCUCUCUCGCUCCCUGUCUCUCUCUUGCUUUCUCUCUCUUUUCCUUCUUUCCUCUACUCCGCUCAUUCACGAGGGCUCGCUCACCAACUCUACACGAAACAGGGAUGCAGCGAGCGCAAGGCGCAGCCUGAAAAAUGGCACGAGUCUUCCCUGGGAUCUAUCCAUCCCUUUUCAUUUUCUCCCCCUUUCUUUUUCACGCGUUUGCGCCAUGUAAAGGCUUACGGAAUUACCCGGAGAAUGAAGUGACGUUGUUGGACUCCAUGUCUGCUCUGGGAGACCUGGGCUGGGAGGCAUACCCUGCAGAGGGGUGGGAAGAGAUCAGUGUGAUGGAUGAGAGGAACACUCCCAUGCGUACCUACCAAGUGUGUAACGUGAUGGAGGCCAGUCAGAAUAACUGGCUGAGGACGCGACACAUCGCCCGCGACGGAGCCCAGCGUGUCUACAUCGAGAUCAAGUUCACCCUCCGAGACUGUAACAGCCUGCCUGGAGUACCUGGCACCUGCAAAGAGACUUUCAACAUGUUCUACUAUGAGUCUAACAACGCCAACUUGUGGUUCAUCAAGGAGAGUCAGUACAUCAAGAUAGACACCAUCGCUGCUGAUGAGAGCUUCACACAGGUGGAUGUGGGAGAUCGUGUGAUGAAGCUCAACACAGAGGUCCGUGACAUCAGUAACCUGAGUAAGAAAGGGUUCUACCUGGCCUUCCAGGACCUGGGAGCCUGCAUCGCUCUGGUCUCUGUCAGGAUCUUCUACAAGAAGUGUCCCUUCACCGUGCUCAACCUGGCCCAGUUCCCCGACACCGUCACGGGGGGCGACUCAGCCCUGGUGGAAGUGCGAGGGGUGUGUGUGAACGCCUCCCAGGAGUUUGAGACUCCCAGGAUGUACUGUAGCGCGGACGGGAGCUGGCUGGUGCCCAUCGGGAGGUGUGUGUGCGAGCCAGGGUACGAGGAGCAUAAGGAUGGCUGCCAACCGUGCAGACCAGGCUCCUACAAGGCCUCAGCGACCGACGCCUACUGCACAAAAUGCCCGCCACAUAGCUCCUCCCACCUGGAGAGAGCCUCCGAGUGUGUGUGUGAGAAAGGCUUCCACCGCGCAGAGACGGACCCACGCUCCAUGGCUUGCACACGUCCCUGUUCUGCGCCAGAGAACCCCAUCUCCACUGUCAACGAGACGUGUGUCACACUAGAAUGGAGUCCCCCUCUUGACAUGGGAGGCCGAGGUGACAUCACCUACAGCCUCCACUGCAGGAAGUGCUCCGGCGACCGCAGGAAGUGCACGCCCUGCGGUAACGGCGUACAUUUUGUGCCGAGGCAGUUUGGUCUCUCUGUGACUAUGGUGAUGGUCACUGACCUGCAGCCACACAGCAAUUACAGCUUCACCAUUGAGAGCCUGAAUGGAGUUUCUGACCUGAGUCCUACACCCAGAGGAGCUGUGAUAGUUAAUGUCACCACCAGCCAGACAGUGAGUGUGGUCCUGAAGGAGAGGAGGAGUAAGGACAGUAUCACUCUGGCGUGGCAGGGCCCUGACAGACCCAAUGGAGCCAUAGUGGAGUAUGAAGUCAUUUAUUAUGAGAAGAACCAGAGAGAGCAGAACUACACAGUCCUAAAGACCAGGUCCAAUGUGAUGACUGUAGACGGUCUAAAGCCUGGUACUACAUAUGUGUUCCGUGUCCGAGCUAGAACCGACGGGGGAUACGGCAACUACGGAGGAGAGAUAGAACUGGAGACCAGCCACGAAGACAUGUUGGCCAUAGGAGACCCUAACCAGUCUACUAUCCUGGCUGUGUCCAUCACUGGAGGCAUCGUACUGCUCAUCUUCCUGGUGGCCUGCUUUGUUGUCAGUGGCAGACACUGUGGGUACAUCAAAGCCAAGCAGGACCCUGACGAAGAGAAGCUUCAGUUUCAACAUGGAAGAGUCAAACUUCCUGGCAGUAAGAUAUAUAUCCAUCCACACACCUAUGAGGACCCUAACCAGGCAGUCAGAGACUUUGCCAAAGAGAUUGAUGCUUCCAGCAUCAGCAUAGAGAGAGUCAUCGGAGCGGGUGAGUUUGGGGAGGUGUGUAGUGGUUGUCUUCGACUCCAGGGGAAGAGGGAGAUCUACGUGGCCAUAAAGAGUCUGAAGGCAGGAUACGCUGACAAACAGAGGCGGGACUUCCUCUCUGAGGCCAGCAUCAUGGGACAGUUCGACCACCCAAACAUCAUCAGACUGGAGGGUGUGGUCACACGAUGUAAGCCGGUGAUGAUCAUCACAGAAUUUAUGGAGAAUGGAUCCCUAGAUACCUUUCUCAAGAAACAAGACGGUCAGUUCACAGUGAUCCAGCUGGUGGGCAUGCUGCGGGGCAUUGCGUCGGGCAUGAAGUACCUGUCUGACAUGAGCUACGUUCACCGAGACCUGGCCGCACGCAACAUCUUGGUCAACAGUAACCUGGUGUGUAAGGUGUCUGACUUCGGCCUGUCACGAGUACUGGAGGAUGACCCUGAGGCAGCAUACACCACACAGGGAGGGAAGAUCCCCAUCCGAUGGACGUCUCCAGAGGCUAUUGCCUACAGGAAGUUCACGUCAGCCAGUGAUGUGUGGAGCUACGGCAUCGUCAUGUGGGAGGUGGUCUCAUACGGAGAGAGACCCUACUGGGAGAUGUCCAACCAGGAUGUGAUCAAAGCAAUAGAUGAGGGUUACCGUCUUCCGGCCCCUAUGGACUGUCCUGUGGUCCUCCACCAGCUGAUGUUGGAGUGUUGGGAGAAGGGCCGCAGCGAACGGCCUAAGUUUGGCCAGAUCGUCACCACCCUGGAUAAGCUGAUCAGAGACCCAGCCAGCCUCCGAGAGCUGGCCAACAGCUCAUUAUGCAGGGAAGACCCGACCACUCCAGAGUUCAGUGUGAGUACGAUGGAGGAGUGGCUGGACGCCAUCAAGAUGGGACAGUACAAGGGGAACUUCACCAGUGCUGGAUACGUCACCCUGGACUCUGUCCUCUACAUCAGCAUCAGUGAGCUCGUUAAGAUGGAUGUGACCUUGGCGGGUCACCAGAAGAAGAUCAUCUCCAGUGUCCAGAUCCUUCAGUCCCAGGGGACCCACGUCCAAGUAUAAUAGUUUCCCUAUAGAGACACACUGGGAGGGAAAGCCAAAAUGGAUGCUCUUCUCUGAGUUUACCCAUUGAGACACACUCAGAUUGAGCCAACAUGGACAUUCUGGGUUGGGUUUCCCCAUACAAAGACACUGAGAUGGAGCCGUAAUUUACGCUUAGCUCCUUUAUUUCCUCUUUGUAGUUUCAUCAUUCCACCUGUCCUGGAUGUUUUGAUAGCGUAGGCACUUCCAGCUUCCGUCCACGCCUUCAGAGGCCUAGCAACCCAGCAACCUAAGAUACCAGGCUUCAACCAAGACGCCUUUGUCCAUAUCAACAACAACAAUAACAAAGCUAAAAAAUAACAAAAAAGAAAAUGUGAUUAUAAUUCUCAACAUUGUCUGUGAAGUUUUGUGUACAGUUUUUUUUAUGGUUGUUUCUUUUUUCAUUUUUUCAUUAGCUUUGUUAAUUUUCCACAUAAUUCACAUGAUCAAUAUUGUAUAUGUAUAGAUAAGCGUUUACAAGAGGUGUGUGUCAGUCCGCCAGUCUAGAAAGUAAAGUUGUUAUCGCCAGGCAACGCAGGUGUGCUUUUCCUUCCUGGUGCAUGUGUUGUCAGGCCCCUCCUCUUUCUCUAAGCCCCUCCCCACAACGCUAUAGGACCAAUCAUGAUGUGUGGGGGAGAUAGGAGGGAGAAAUAGAAAGAUGUGAAAAUAUGAGAUGGAGAUGUCUAUUCAUGGUCUCAGAAGACUUCCGUUGCGUUUGGCCAGGGAUAGAUACAUGUAGGUCUUCCAUAGCCACGACUUCCAGACUCACACAGUUCACUUGAAUGAGAUGCCCUGCCAGAUUUCAUUUAGUACAGCCUACAGCAGCUACCUAUAGGUUGCAGUUAGUCAGAAACCUGCAGUUCAAUACAGUGUUAGUACAUUUUCUGCUAGAGUUUGCCUUUGUGACAGAAGAAGAGCAAAGUAGAUCAUCUGUGAAGUUGACACUGUUUGCAAUGUAUAUCUGUUUCUCAGAUGUUUCUCCAUGUAUAUUUAGUAUUGCUCUGAUAUGUUGGGCCAUGUCAGACAAGCAGGAUUGGUUGUGAGGUAAACUUGACUUGAGUGAGGUGAGUGGUGGUUUUUGCCUCAUUUCACCCCUGAUUAAUGUGGGUUUAGUCACAGUUUGUGCUAACCACAAUUGUUCAGUGACUAAUAUGGGUUCAGUCACUGUUUGUGCUAACCACCUCUGUUCAGUGACUAAUAUGGGUUUAGUCACAGUUUGUGCAAACCACCUCUGUUCAGUGACUAAUAUGGGUUUAGUCACAGUUUGUGCUAACCAUGUCUGUUCGGUGAUUAAUAUGGGUUCAGUCACAGUUUGUGCUAACCAUCUCUGUUCAGUGAUUAAUAUGGGUUAAAUCAUACUUUGUGCUAACCAUCUCUGUUCAGUGAUUAAUAUGGGUUCAAUCAUAGUUUGUGCUAACCAUCUCUGUUCAGUGAUUAAUAUGGGUUCAAUCAUAGUUUGUGCUAACCAUCUCUGUUCAGUGAUUAAUAUGGGUUAAAUCAUACUUUGUGCUAACCAUCUCUGUUCAGUGAUUAAUAUGGGUUAAAUCAUACUUUGUGCUAACCAUCUCUGUUCAGUGAUUAAUAUGGGUUCAAUCAUAGUUUGUGCUAACCAUGUCUGUUCAGUGAUUAAUAUGGGUUCAAUCAUAGUUUGUGCUAACCAUCUCUGUUCAGUGAUUAAUAUGGGUUCAAUCAUAGUUUGUGCUAACCAUCUCUGUUCAGUGAUUAAUAUGGGUUCAAUCAUAGUUUGUGCUAACCAUCUCUGUUCAGUGAUUAAUAUGGGUUCAAUCAUAGUUUGUGCUAACCAUGUCUGUUCAGUGAUUAAUAUGGGUUCAAUCAUAGUUUGUGCUAACCAUCUCUGUUCAGUGAUUAAUAUGGGUUCAAUCAUAGUUUGUGCUAACCAUCUCUGUUCAGUGAUUAAUAUGGGUUCAAUCAUAGUUUGUGCUAACCAUCUCUGUUCAGUGAUUAAUAUGGGUUCAAUCAUACUUUGUGCUAACCAUCUCUGUUCAGUGAUUAAUAUGGGUUCAAUCAUAGUUUGUGCUAACCAUGUCUGUUCAGUGAUUAAUAUGGGUUCAAUCAUAGUUUGUGCUAACCAUCUCUGUUCAGUGAUUAAUAUGGGUUCAAUCAUAGUUUGUGCUAACCAUCUCUGUUCAGUGAUUAAUAUGGGUUCAAUCAUAGUUUGUGCUAACCAUGUCUGUUCAGUGAUUAAUAUGGGUUCAAUCAUAGUUUGUGCUAACCAUCUCUGUUCAGUGAUUAAUAUGGGUUCAAUCAUAGUUUGUGCUAACCAUCUCUGUUCAGUGAUUAAUAUGGGUUCAAUCAUAGUUUGUGCUAAUCAUCUCUGUUCAGUGAUUAAUAUUGGUUCAGUGACAGUUUGUGCUAUCCAUCUCUGUUCAGUGAUUAAUAUUGGUUCAGUGACAGUUUGUGCUAACCACCUCUGUUCAGUGAUUUCAACUGCUUCCAAAUCUAUGAGUCAAGGCCUGCUAACCUAAUUUCCUGGAUAAGUAAAAAACAUCAGUGUUCUGUACUCAACAGAACAACAUUUACUGCAUAUCAAAACCAACAUCCCCCUUGAUUUGGGAAGGGAAGAGUGGCGUUAUCCUUGAAAACCUGGUUAGCGGUUUAGUUUGAAAAUUGUCAUCAUUGUGCACUGUACCGCUGUAUGUAUCUGUUCAUGAUAACAGUGUUAUUCUACUACCUGACAGGACUACAAACACAGCAACAUACAGUAAAUACCAAUGUACCAUAAUGUAAAAUAUGUACAGUGUUGAUUUGAAACUCUAAAAUGUUUGUCACAAUAAUGGUGAUGAUGAUGAUGAUUACGUUGAUAAUGAUGGUGAUUAUAUACUUUUAUUCUGAAGGAGGAUCAUAGGAGAUGAGGCAGCGUGUGAUUCGUUGACCUGAUCUAUGGAAUGUACGUUGCGUAGCAUGAGUAUUAAGGUUCGGCCUCUGAUUGACCGGUAACAGGGGGUGCAGUUUUCCCUCGGCGGAGGACCCGAGGAUGAAAAAGUUAGAUGCCUUAUUUACUGUGCUACCUUUCUUUUCUGUCCCCCACCCCCCCUCCUCCCUAUGGAGGCGGAGUUAUGACUACGUCUGUAUACAGCAUUCAUCUUUGUCCCCGAGGUGACAUCACAGAAAACAUCUGCUUUUCGAACUGAAAACACCCCAACUUUUAGCACCUCUGUUAUUAUUCCUAAACUCUAUACUGCUGCUGUCCCACUGGUCACACACCGGUUGAAUUCCACGUCAUUUUAACAGAAUUACGUUGAACCAAGGUGGAAUAGACAUUGAAUUAGGGUAGGGUAGGUCUACCACCUGUUUAUUGGAUACUGUAAUGAAAAGUACAUUAGAGAAUAAAUUGUUCUGUUUUGAUUCAAUAAUUAUACUUGUGGGUUUACCUGUGUAAGCUGGGUGCUGAAUUUACAGCAGAGAACCUUUAUAUCCAGAAGCUAAUUCAAGUGGUUCCAAUGUCUCCCACACAGACACAAACACACAACAUGAUGUAGAUGAAAAAAUCCAACAACUAAAUGAACCUUUGUCUUUCCCGGAGGGGUCUCAGAUAAUGAUGUACUAGCAGAUGAUGAUGUAUUUUAUUACCGUUAAAUGGAUUGAAUUGCCAGCAUCCUUUUGUGUUGUCAUCAAUUCGGUUGAAAUGUUCAACAAAGGACAGUAGCAUUUUUCCUCCUUACAUUCAGAUUUAGAACAGCAAAAAUAUGUGGUUGGCUGAUGAAGGUUUACCAGUCUGUUAGUACUCAUAACUUUGGUACUUUACACAUUUUGACAUUGUCCUCCUUUGGUAAGCUUGCCCAUCCCCAACCAGAGGUCAUAAACUUUGACCCAUAAACCCUAACCCCUGAUUCUCAGCCAGGCUCUGAACCCUUUCACUUGGAGUUGUCCCUAGACACUGUUCCCAUGUCAGUUUGUGUUUCCCCUCUAACAGUUCAUGUUAGGAUAUGGGAAUAGUAAGCUGAUCCUAGAUCUGUGCUGGGAGAGACUUCUAACCCAAGCUAGGCCGGUUUUAUAAAUGUUCCCAAACUGAUUACUUGUGAGAUUGUUCUCUCUCUCUCUCCCUGAUCUCUCUUCCUUCCUGACCUUGGUCACAUCAUGUUUCAUCAUGGCAGAUUUAUAUGCGCUUGUUCAGAGUGUACGCAUUCUAAAGUCAUUCAUGUCGCUGUAAUAAAUAGGCUAAUAUUUCUUA